AUGGCUAGCGUCACCCUCGACUACGGCGCAGCCUCCGACGCCGCUUCCUCUUCCGCUCAGCAAGCUGAUCCGAUGGCCAUCGAGGAUGAGAACAUGGCUGACGGGAACCGCGACAGGCAGGCAAAGCUCUACGCCGUCCCCAGGGAGGAAGGUAUCGACGCGGGUGCACGGAGAGGACCAAGCCCGCUGUCCAGAGAGGAGCACAUGGCGCUGGACGACGCAAAACUUGUCGGCGUGGAAGAGCCCAGCGAGGUCCCAUCACCACCUCCCGUCGAGGGCGGCAGCGACGUUCGCCUGGAUACGCUGCUGAUCGAGGGCCUGCCCAUCACGCAGAUGUCGACCUCGCGGCUGUUCGCUUACGUCGCUCACUUCGGCGCACAGCCCCUGGGCCUCGAGUGGGUCGACGAUGAGCGCUGCAACAUCGUCUUCCCCACCGAAGAGGCGGCCCGCAUCGCCCUCGAGUACCUCUGCCCCGCCACCGACAUGUCGACGGAGCCGCUGAUCCCGCUGCCGAACCUCCAGACGAUCCUCGAGACUUCGGACGAGGAGUGGGACCCCGAGGUCAUUUCAUCGCUCGUUGCGCCGCGGAAGGCGCAUCGGAUGCCUGGCAAGCUGUACACCUCGAUCGAAAGGCAGGCCGCGAGGGCACAACUGGCCGACCAAUCCUCCAGCACCAAUGGCGCCUCGACCCUGCCAGACGACGUGCCGGAGAUUUACCGCGAGAUGGAGGAGGCGGAUCGGCGGCAACAUCGGGAGAAGCCCGAAUACGUGGCGCUCGCCAAGCUUCGCUCGGCGCUCUACGUGCGGCACGCGGUCAAGGAUUGGGAUGUCAAGCCGUCUCGGGCGGCCAGCCGGAGUCAGUGGUACAAGGAGCACGGGCAGGAGGCUGGCAAGGAGAUCGUCCCGCGACUGCUCGACGUUGGCGAGGUCAGCGACGCAGUCGAGCUCUUCCCAAGCACGAGCUCCAAGAACAGGGCCUUUGGAUCGGCCGGCCUGCCCGCAAGACCCCACGGCGCUGCAACGGAAGCCGACUCCGAGCCGAGGCGAGGACGGGGCCCAUCGGAUCGCAGGGCGGUCAUGGACGAGCUGGACUCCGAGCUCGACGCGCACCUCGCCUCGCGGCAAGCCGGCGGAGCGCUCCACGAGCAGAAGCUGGAAGGGCAGAUGAUGGCCGACCUGGUCGAGGACGGCGCUGGAACCGCCAGUGCCGGUGGCGACCUCUUCGACAGGCUCAAGGACGGCAGGGGUCGGGGCCGGCCAUCGGGAUCGUCGGCGACGAGGUGGGGCCACGACGACUUUGAACGGCAAGCUUUGGACAAGCCGCGGCGCAGGGGUGGCAGGGGCGAACGAGGCAGUGACGGACGUGGAGCGAGGGACGCCCUGGAUGCCGACCUCGACGGCAUGUUUGACGCUCGGGAGCGCCGGCGGUCGGCAUCUCCGGUGCCGCGCGGCAGCGGCGGUGGCGAUGGAGGACGGGUCAAGAUCAAGGGCAGAGGUCGGAUGAAGGCGCCGGGUGGCGGUUCUAUGGCAUGGGGAGGGCAAGGUGAGGGCGACGACGAGCAGUGGGCCGACUACGGAACCGAGCGGUACGGCGAGGCGAGAAAGGACAGACGACGUCGGGGCGCAGAAGCCAGCCACGCUUCGGGCGAUCUGGCUGCGAGGCUGGGCGCGGCCCAGUCCGAGCGCGGCGACCUGAUGAGCAGGCUGGGGGAUGCGGCUGGCCAGAGGAGCCUGGCGGAUCGCUUCAGUUGA